AUGGAUCAUAUCGGCAAGCUUUUCAAUCUAGAAGGUCACUCAAUGCCAGAAUGGUUUCAGGUACCGUUCGUUAACUUCAAAGCACAUUGCGAACCACUGCCUGAGGCUGGAGUCGUGUACGGGUGUCAAGAUCUCUUCGGUCUCACUCACUUGAGAGGAAGCGACCCAGAUACCUUCUGCAAGGUUUUACAGUCCUGGUUUUACUUUGGUUUGUUGCGGGAGUUCUUCCCCAUAGAAUUUAACAUUGAUGAUUUCAAGAAAGUCUCAGAUGGACAUCAGGUUGUAUCUUCAGAGUGUCUUCUCCGUUAUUGCUCUCUGUAUUCCGGUGAUCGGAAGCGCCAUAUACACCUUCACGAUUGCUUAGAGUUUGUGAAAACAUGGACCGAUGAAAUCGACCUGGACUGUCCGCUCGAAUCCUCAAACAGCCUGCUCGGUCCCAUUACAAUACCUGACUCAAUAGUCCACCAGAAGAGUCGGCUCAUAAUUGCGUCGAUCAAAGUCCUUUUGGAAACUAUGUUCGAAUAUCUGCGACUGUCUUGCUCUGAUCGAUGUACAGGCAAAUCGAAAGUGCAGGAUGUUCUGACUAGCAGGGUCAAUAGGGUGCUGACAAACCUGUUCUAUCCUGGGGAUUCUCUUCAAGGCAUUAAUUAUGAUACCGUACCUUCAGCAACCGUAUCUGGCGGCCAGAAAAGGCCGGUUUAUGGGUCGGUUCCUGCAUCCUUCUUCUUCGGCAUACUUCUGAAUAACGGAUGGUGCCGCCGGCAUUUGACGAGAAUGAAGCACGAGUUGAAUUCGACGUGCCUUUAUAUUCUCGCAUCCCGCGAUUCUGAACUUGUCAUAAGCCAGAAGGGAAAUCAGAUGGAAUGCUCGGCAAGUGUGUGUCAGCAGGAUGAGAAUGCCGGCGACACAGGCCCGAAGCAUUCGUUUCACUGUUACGGUGGCUCUUUAAACAUCAACUGCAAACCUGUACAAGUUGACACGAGAAAGCUUGAAUCGAUCUACGAAGACUCCAAAUCUACCAGUAUACCCAUAGUCUCAUUCGCAGAUGGAGAAGCGACGAUAGAGGAGAGCCGUGAUCAGAAAUACUUCGCGGUAUCACAUGUCUGGUCAGAGGGUCUGGGAAAUGCAAGCUCGAACUCCAUCCACAGUUGCCAACUGCAGGACCUAGCUGGACUUAUCGAGCCUGGCCGGCGGGGAAACUCUAGCCAGGAUUCCUGGGGUCCCAUGAAGUUCUGGUUAGAUACACUCUGUAUCCCCAAAGCCUCCGGCCGUUCAAGUCCUGAUCGGGAGGCGUUAGAGGCAUCAGCCAUAAAGAGUAUCGAUUGGGCCUUUGCUUCCGCUCAUUGCGUACUUAUUCGAGACCUGACGAUACAAAAUCCCAGCCUACCGUUUUCCAGUCUCGACCCUUUGCUCCAGAUCAUGCAUUUGUACAACAUGCGCUGGCUCAGCCGUUGUUGGACACUUGCAGAAGCAAUAUCCGCCUGGAAGAUAAAGAUCACCGUGGAUGGGAAAACUCAAUCGCUUUCUGACCUGAUCAUCGAUGUUGGAUCGAGUUUCGCCCAAAGAUAUUCUCUAGCUAGUGAGCCCCAAAGUUCUACAGCGACUUCAUUUAGGAACGAGCUUAUGUCUAGUGUGUUCCGGAGUUUUGUCAGCCCAUUCGAUGUAUUCAUAGACUCUAAAGAUGGGCACCAGGACAUUAUUGCUACAUGGAAUGCACUCCUUCAACGCUCCACCAAAAAGGCCAGCGAUGUUCCCACUAUUCUGGCAAUAGCCAACGCCAUAAGCCUCAAGAACGUGGUCGAUUGCAAAGAGAAAACAAUGGCUGUACAGAUGAAACUUGUUCUCAAUGCAUUCCGCCGUCUCCCCGCUGCGUUCCUUUUCCAGGACGGCCCAAAGAUUCAUGAACCUUUUAAUCGCUGGGUGCCUGCGGAACCAUCAUAUAGCGGGGGAAGUGCCAGAAACCAGAGAAUACUUCCACGAUCCACAUACGGGGUGAUUACAGACAACAUUGAGUCUACGGUCCUAACAUACGCCGAGGGGAAAGCUGUAGGCCCUCUACAAUCAUCAAAAUCAUCCCCAGUUUAUCUUUUCAAAGGUCCACUCCCGCAAAGCUUUUAUCUUGAAGUACAAGGCCAAAGCCAAUUCUUUUUCGUUGAAAUGACGCACCAAAUUCAAAACCACAAUCAGGACAAUGAGUACUGUCUCAUUCUCUCAUCUGUAGCUGGCUUGAAUGGACCCUCUAUCUCGACAGCUUUCUGUGCUACAGUGAUGAAGAUGACAGAGACAGAAUCGAAACUCCUAGUAACCUGGGAGACAGUUGCCCAAGUGCGGAAGGUGGCACAAGAAACGCCUGGAGGGCUAAGAUCACGAGCACUAUACAACACUAGCGUGUAUGUUUCAUGUGGUAAGUCCUUCAAAAUUCAUUAUCAUUCGCGCACAUGA